CUUUAAACUGGGAAUACAUUUAUUUUGUUAUUUAAACUCUCAGUAGUAGUUAUAUGAUUAAAGAUAAACCAUUUAAAACUUUUAUUGCCACUUAUCUGUCAAUUAGAUAAAAUAAAUAGGAUGAGUACCUAUUUAUUUAUUGAUUUAUGGAACAAGUUAUAAAUGAGUAUUUUAAUAUAGAUAACUAGAACCUUAUUUUCAGCUUAUUGAUUCAUUUUUUGAAAUAUUUCAGUGUUAGUACAAAUUUUAGUUGCAAUGUCUAAUGAUGAUGAACAUUGGAUAAAAGAUUUGGAAAAAGCUCUAGUUGAAGGACAAGAAUUAUCUCCCAUUAGUAAUGAAUCGGAUGAUCUUAAUGCUUUAACAAAUGAUUGCCAUGGACAAACUUGGAGAGAGUUAUUGACUUUUGAAGAUGAUACUAUUCAAACAUUAUUUGAUGAAAGACCUGUUAUAAGAAAUGUAGAACAAUUGAAAGAAGACAGUCAAAAAUUAAUUGCAUCUUUAGAAAUAGAGGAUGAAGAAGAAAAGUUAAGUUUGUUAUCUGACACUGAAGUUAUACUGAUAACAACAUGUAAAAUUCAAAACUUAGAUAUAUAUGAUUCAUCCAAUAGAUGGCCUUCAUUACUACGGCCUAUAAUAUCAUUGAAAUUACCCCGUAUUGAUGUAUAUUCUAUGUUUCGAGCUAUAGGAAGAGAAUAUAUUGCAAAACAUAAAGAUUGUUAUCACUUGUUGAGAAUUUUGUUGUUAUACCAUGAUCCAGAAUUAUGUAAUUUAUUGGACUCUUUAAAGCUGGGACCAGAGCUUUAUAGUGAAAUAUGGGUUCAGACGCUUUUUGCAGAAAUGUGUUCUUUAGAUGUUAUUUUAACAAUUUGGGAUUUAUAUUUUGCCAAAAAAGAUAAAUUCUUUAUAUUUUUUUUGGCUCUAGUUUUUAUAAUAAAUGCAAGAGAUUAUGUAUUUUCUUUAAAACAUCAACCGAAACUUGAAUUAAUUCAAUUGCUAAAAAAUUUACCAUCUCAGUUGAGUAUAGAAGAUAUUCAUGAUUUUUGGACAUUAGCCGAAUAUUAUGACAAUAAAACACCAUCAUCUUUUAAAAAAGAUGUAGCUGGUUAUAUAUUUGAUUCCAAUCAAUUAAGUAAUGAUAUUUCGCAAAUGUUAUGCCUUCCUAUUAGUGUAACAGAUUUAUUAUCUCAUAUUAAUAAAUCAGAAUCAAAUAGUCUUAAAUUUUUUGUCAUGGAUUGUCGACCAGCUGAGCAGUAUAAUGCUGGUCAUUUACCUAUAGCAUUUCCACUUGAUAGUACUUUGCUUUUAGAAAACCCUACAUCUUUUUGGACUGCCGUUGAAGGAUUAUUAUCUUGUCAAAAGCAAAGUUUUGUGGAAGGAUGUUCUAGUGGAAGUGAACAUUGGUGUUUUGCAGGCGGUGGAAGUAGUUUAGAUGGAAAUCAGAAUACUCAUAUGGUUGUUUCAGCAUUUUUACAAAAACAUUCUUUGUAUGUUUCUAUGUUAAUUGGUGGCUAUCAAGCUCUCCAUGAUUAUUUUGAACAAAAUAAUAUUGAUGGAUUAAGCGACCAUGAUCGUAAAAGGUGUGAACAGUGCUUAGCUUUCUCAAAUUUAGCUAAAGAACGAACAUCCCAGACUAACGUUACAAAUGAAUUAUUUUCUAAACUCAGUGUGGUCAUGAAAUCAAAAUCAGUUGAAGUUAAAGGAAAGUUUUUGGAUUUUUUGUCAAGUAAUAGUGCAAGCGUUAAAAAUGAAAAAUCAACUAAUGAAAAGAGCAAAAUGUAUAGAAAUAUGGCUCCAGUAUUUUCUAUUGACGAGGAAGAUAAUCAUCAAGAUUCUGAUGAUGAUUUGGAUGACAUAAAUAGUAGCAACAAUUUGUCAUUGUUACUGAACAAAUCCAAUAUUAUGGCAUCAUUUGACUGUCACAAUAUUAAAAAUGAAGGAAAAUUAGUUCCAGGAAAAUUACUUUUGACUGACAAUCAUAUGAUAAUAGUAGAAGUAGAUGAAAAAGAUUCAAAUAAAAUAAAAUCUGUGGUAAAUCGAUCUUUAGGAACAAUCAUGAAUAUAAAAUGUCGAAAAAAAAGACCUGAUUUAAUUAUUUUUGAGUAUGGAGAUCCAAAUCAAGAUUCUGACAGAUUUCUCAUUCCACAUUCACAAAAAGCUACCAAUUUCAUUACAAAGCAAAUAUUAGAUUUCCUUGAACGGAAUGAUAAUUAAGUAAUGUAAAAAAUUUAAAUAAAAUAUUCCAAAAAUCUAUAUUAUUUUUUAAAUUAUGUUUUUUAUCACCUAAUUAUUUUGUUAGUUAUUUAUAAAUGUAUGUAAUACGAAUUAAAAUGAAAAUAUAUUUAUAAAUUCUUGUUAAUUUAUUAUGAUAAAACUAAGAUAAUAUUUAUAAAUGUAUUUAAAAUUAAUUGAAGUAAAAAAUAAAAUUUUAGACCAAAAUUUUGUUAAAAAUGAAUUUUUCAUUCUUAUUAUAUUCAAAAUGAAAACAAUUUUUUUUUUAUAUAAUAAAUUUAGUGUAAUGCUCUUAACAAUUUCUAAAGAACAUUAUUUAUUUUAAAAUCACAUAUUUGUAACUUUGUCUAUGCUGAUUGUACCACCAUAUGGCUAGACAAAAAUUAAUUAGUAUUCUAAAAGAAGUCUCAUUAAGGAACUCUCUUUGCCAGAGUUUGAUAUUGAUAAAUUUAAAAGAGUAAUACAAUACUUUUUAAAAUUGAUUAAUUUUUUUAAAUAAUAUCUUAACAUAAAAAGGCAUUCUUCCUACUAUUUUUUUUAGUACAAUGAAAAUAUAAUCAUUCAAAAAAUAUCAUUCUGCCCACAGUAAAUGAACAAAAAAAAAAAUUUGUAGUUACAUUUUAUAUUUAUGAAUUUUUUAGGGUUUAAACAAAGUUAUUUUAGCGAUUCAAUAAUAAGAUGGAAAAAUAAAAACCCAACACAGUAGGAACGUGGCAUAGUUGAGUCCAGUAUAGAUGAUAUCUGACAACUCAUUAAAAUCACUACAGUAGAAGUCCGAUAAUCCGGCACGUUCGGGAACGGCUCUGUGCCGGUCUAUCGGGCGGUGCCCUUUCCUUUUCGUGUAGGCUUUGCUAUAAGAACAAUUACGUUAAUAAUUAAACUAAAAAUACAGUAUGCAAAUACAAAAAAGUUUGUUCUACUGUUGGAUGCCGGAUUAUCGGACUUCUACUGUAUCAUAAGAAACACUUCUUCUUAAACCCGUUUUCGCGCCUAUUUCAAAUAUGUAAUUAGAAUUUCGCAUAUAGCCUAAAUAAUAAUAACAACAUCCUUCUAAUUACUAUAAAAAAUAUUUGUGUUUGAUUAUUAGGUUAUGUAUGAAUAAUCAAUAAAUAUAUUUUAAUUAAAAAUAAGUUAAAAAGUUUUAUUUUCUAUACGCAUUUUUAAGUUUUGAACUCCCUUUGUAAAGAGAAACGGUCAGAUUUAAAAAAAAAAUUAACAAAUUAUAGGACUUAAUAUAUCUAUUAAAAAAAAAUUGUAUUAUCCAAUUAUUGUAUUAUAAAAAUGUAUGAUCCAUACAUUUUUCAAUAAGUUAUGGCAUUUUUAAGUAAAAAAAAUUUUAAAAUGUCGAAAAUUACUGAUAUGUAAUUUUUUUGGAGGUUUCCCCCAUUUACGGGGAACGAGAGAAAUUUUUUCAAUUUUUGAGAGUAAUUCGAUUUGUGAUCUUUUGAUGUAUCGUUGAAAGAAAUGAGUGCGUUGAGAGCUGAGAAAAAGUGGGUAACAGGCACAAAAAAUAAAACGCAUCAUAGUAAAAUUAAUACCUUCUCACACUCGCAUCGAAACCAAAAAAUGUGCUCAAUCAUAUUAGUUCUCAUAACCAACAAAAUAUGCAACCAACAAUAAACUCAACGUAAUGUCACAUAUAUAAGUUGUGUUGUAUAAAAUAAAUAAUUUAUUAUAUUGUAUAUUAAGUGGUUCCGUCCAAAUUUAGCCAAGUAUUCUUAAUUAACAUUUUUAAAUGAAUUCGGUUUUAAAUUUCAUUUAUAAUUUUUUUUUAUUGGCAUUAACUGUGAUGAUGCAAUACUUUUUUAUCAAUUUUAUCAACCAAGAUUCAACUGGUUGAUAAAUUUAACCUGCAAAACUAUAACAUAUAACCAAUUAAAUACUUAGAGUAAUUAUUGUAAAAUAACACUUUGUGAGACAUAGGAUACAUGUUUUUCUUAUAUAAAUAUAUUCUUGUAAAACUUUUCAAAAUUUUUUUAAUUUAUUGAGCUUUUAAACAUUUUUUUAAAAUGAUGCAUCUAUUCAUAAGAAAUAUAUUGAACUUAUUAUUUUCAAUUUCGUGAUUUAAGUUGUUUUUUAAAUAUAUCAUAUCAUCUAAAUUAAAGCUAAAAACAAGACCAUGUUGACUAUAAAAUAUUGUACUAGCUAUAAAUGAUUAUAAAUUAAUUAAUUAGGUGAUUCAUGACAAGGUUGUCCUCUCAAUAAAUCUACUUCAUCUGCUUCAGGAACAUUUUCAAUACAUUCAUCAGCAAAGUGUAGUUUCUCAGCUUCAAUUUGUAUAUUUAUGUUAUUCAUACUUUAAAUACUUUAUUC